UCCAGCUGUCUGUCUAUGAAGAGUGACCGAUCUAAAGACGAUCCUCUAAACUUCAGUAAUGAACCUGGACCCUCAGACACAAAAGAGAGGAAGAGGAGAGGUGUUUCUGUGGAGGAGCAGCUGUCCUGCUGUUCUUUGUGUCAGGGCGUCCUGAAGGAUCCAGUCUCUACCAGCUGUGGACACUGGUUCUGCAGACAGUGCAUCAUCUCAUACUGGGACCAGUCUGCUUCAUCAGGAGACUCCUCUUGUCCGCAGUGUGCAGAAAGAUCCAGAACAAGACCUGGACUGCAGACAGACAGUCAGACCAGCACUGUACAAACAGAAAGUGGUCUGCAGGAGGUUUUAGAUGAACAUAAGAUCAAUCUGAGGAGGAGAUGUGAAUGUGUGACUGAAGGAACUGAUGAAGCAGGAAGUGAAACCCUCCUCAACAGGAUCUACACUGAGCUCUACAUCACAGAGGGACAGAGUGAAGACGUUAAUACCCAACAUGAGGUGAGGCAGCUUGAAGCAGCUUCCAAGAUGGAGACCCUCCAUGACACUCCAAUCAGGUGUCACGACAUCUUUAAAGUCUCACCUGACCAACAGAAACACAUCAGAGUCGUUCUGACCAACGGCGUCGCUGGCGUUGGAAAAACCUUCUCAGUGCAGAAGUUCACUCUGGACUGGGCAGAGGGCUCGGAAAACCAAGAUGUCAGUCUGGUGAUUCUGCUUUCGUUCAGGGAGCUGAACUUGAUCAAAGAUGAGCAGUACAGUCUCCUCAUGCUGAUCCAUGUUUUCCAUCCAACAUUACAGAAGGUCACAGCAGAGAAGCUCGCUGUCUGGAAAGUUUUGUUCAUCUUUGACGGCCUGGAUGAAAGCAGACUUUCACUGGAUUUCAACAACAGGAAGGUCGUGUCUGAUGUCACACAGAAGUCAUCAGUCAACGUGCUGUUGACAAACCUCAUCGAGGGGAAGCUGCUUUCCUCAGCUCUCGUCUGGAUAACUUCCCGACCUGCAGCAGCCAAUCAGAUCCCUCCUACAUGUGUUGACAGGGUAACAGAAGUACGAGGCUUCACUGACGCCCAGAAGGAGGAGUACUUCAGGAGGAGAUUCAGUAAUAAAAAGCUGUCCAGCAGAAUCAUCUCACACAUCAAGACAUCCAGGAGCCUCCACAUCAUGUGUCUCAUCCCAGUCUUCUGCUGGAUCACUGCUACAGUUCUGGAGCACAUGUUGACUACAGGCCAGAGAGGAGAGCUGCCCAAGACCCUGACUGACAUGUACUCACACUUCCUGCUGGUUCAGACAAAGAGGAAGAAGCACAAGUAUGAUGAAGGACAUGAGACGAGUCCACAGGAGCUGACGGAGGCUGACAGGGAACUUCUUCUGAAGCUGGGGAGGCUGGCGUUUGAACAACUGGAGAAAGGAAACAUCAUGUUCUACCAAGAAGACCUGAAGAAGUGUGGUCUUGAUGUCACAGAAGCCUCAGUGUUAUCAGGAGUUUGUACAGAGAUCUUCAAAAGAAAGAGUGUGAUCUUCCAGAAAACAGUCUACUGCUUUGUUCAUCUGAGUGCUCAGGAGUUUCUGGCUGCAAUCUACAUGUACCACUGUUACACCAGCAGGAAAACAGAGGUACUGGAGGACUUCAUGGGAAAAAAAUACAGGUACUCAUUUCUGGAUGACUUCCUGAGGAGAGUCAUGGAGAAAUCUCUAAACAGUAAAAAUGGCCACCUGGAUCUGUUUGUGGGCUUCCUUCAUGGCCUCUCCCUGGAGUCCAACCAGAGUCUCUUAGGAGGCCUGCUGGGUCAGACAGAGAACAGUCCAGAAAUCAUCCAGAGAGCCAUCAACAACCUGAAGGAGAUGAACAGUGAGGAUAUCUCUCCUGACAGAAGCAUCAACAUCUUCCACUGUCUGAUGGAGAUGAACGACCGCUCAGUACAUCAGGAGAUCCAAGAGUUCCUGAAGUCAGAUAACAGAUCAGAGAAGAAACUCUCUGUGAUCCACUGCUCAGCUCUGGCCUACAUGCUGCAGAUGUCAGAGGAGGUUCUGGAUGAGUUGGACCUGGACAAGUAUAAAACAUCAAAGGAGGGAAAACAGAGACUGAUCCCAGCUGUGAGGAACUGCAGAAAGGCUCGACUUUCUGACUGUGGACUCUCAGAGACUCUCUGUGAAGUUGUGGCCUCGGCUCUGAAGUCCAACCCCUCCCAUUUGAGAGAGCUGGAUCUGAAUACAAACAAUUCAGGAAUUAAGCUUCUGUCUGCUGGACUGGAGAGUCCAAACUGUAGACUGAAGUCUCUGAGAUUGAUGCACUGCAGUUUGUCAGAGAUCAGCUGUGCUUCUCUGGUCUCAGCUCUGAAGUCCAACUCCUCCCAUCUGAGAGAGCUGGAUUUGAGGGGAAAUGAGUUUCAGGAUUCAGGAUUGAAACUGCUGUGUGAUUUUCUGGAGAGUCCACACUGUAGACUGGAGACUUUGAGAUUGGAAGACUGCAGGUUGUCAAAGAUCAGCUGUGCUUCUCUGGCCUCAGCUCUGAAGUCUAACCCCUCUCAUCUGAGAGAGCUGAAUCUGGGGGGAAAUGAGUUGCAGGAUUCAGGAUUGAAACUGCUAUGUGAUUUUCUGGAGAGUCCAAACUGUAGCCUGGAGACUCUGAGAUUGGAAGACUGCAGGUUGUCAGAGAUCAGCUGUGCUUCUCUGGCCUCAGCUCUGAAGUCCAACCCCUCCCGUAUGAGAGAGCUGAAUCUGGGGGGAAACGAGUUGCAAGAUUCAGGAUUGAAACUGCUAUGUGAUUUUCUGGAGAGUCCACACUGUAGACUGGAGACUCUGAGAUUGGAAGACUGCAGGUUGUCAGAGAUCAGCUGUGCUUCUCUGGCCUCAGCUCUGAAGUCCAACCCCUCCCAUAUGAGAGAGCUGAAUCUGGGGGGAAACGAGUUGCAGGAUUCAGGAUUGAAACUGCUAUGUGAUUUUCUGGAGAGUCCAAACUGUAGCCUGGAGACUCUGAGAUUGACUGGCUGCAGUUUGUCAGGGAACAGCUGCGCUUCUCUGGUCUCAGCUCUGAAGUCCAACCCCUCCCAUCUGAGACGGCUGCAUCUGGACUUCAACGAGCUUCAGAAAUCAGGAUUGCUGCUGUGUGGUUUUCUGGAGAGUCCACACUGUAAACUGGAGACUUUGGGAUUGAGUUGCUGCAGUUUGUCAGGGAUCAGCUGUGCUUCUCUGGCCUCAGCUCUGAAAUCCAAACCCUCCCAUCUGAGAGAGCUGGAUCUGUGGGGAAAUGACCUUCAGGACUCACACAUGAAGCAGCUGUCUGAUCUUCAGGAGAGUCCAGACUGUAAACUGGAGACUCUGAGAUGGGAGGGGAUGUUGUGAUCUCUGUCAGAGUGUGAGUGAACAUCCAGGAGUGUGUGUUGAGAGAGGAUCAGUUGGACCCUGAUGAUCCAUCUGGACCGGAGUCUGGAUCUGGAUUUUGUCAUCUUCACUUAAGUCUCUUAACUGACUACAAACUGAACAGUUAUCUCUGGAUUUUGUUGAAUCAGCACUUUACA